GCCGUAUUCUGUAACUGAAACCUAAGGCCUGGUAGCUGGUAUUGCGCUUAUAGGUGGCCUAUCCUUCAAAAGAAAGAGAAGUGUGUCAUCAAGCGACGCACACGGAGAUAUCCAAAAGUGAUAAGCAGCUCUGGUAAACAAAGCAGGCUCCAAAAGCUUAAACACCAGGUGUCAGUCCAAAGCAUAGACUUACCACGUUUUGCAUUGUUUCAAGAAGCGAUGCUAGGCCCGGUGUAUUAAAGAAGGCCGGUCACGGUGAAUCUUGCCCAGAAAAACAAAAUUAAAAAGAAAAAAUUCUUCAUUUUGAUUGGAAACUAUUUGAUUGAUUUAAAGAAUGAGGCUUACCGUAAUGCUUUCGAAGAUCGCGAAAUUUUCUACAGAUUAUUCUAAUCUUCCUGAAUCCUAUAUUAAACGAGCGAUGAGACAAGUUUAUUGGGAAGCACCAAGAGAUUUGCCACAAUAUCUGCCUGUAACUCUAGAAAAGAAAAAGUUUAGGUACACCAUGAAUCGACCAUGGACGGAAGAAUUUCGGAGACAAAAUCUUAGCCGAAGGAAAAAAGUUUUUGUUGAGCCACUUAAAGAAUGGACAUUUUUUAGAGGAGAUAGAGUAGAAGUCUUGGUUGGAAAAGAUAAAGGAAAGAUAGGAUUGGUGAGCCAAAUCAUCGAGGAAAGGAAUUGGGUUGUUGUUGAAGGCUUAAACGUGCAUUACAGGUGGAUUGGAAAGACCGAUGAUUACCCGGGUACAGUAAUUCAGUCAGAAGCACCUCUUUUGGUCACGAAUGAGGUUGCAUUGGUUGAUCCUUCCGAUGAUAAAGGGACUAAAGUAGAAUGGCGGUUUACAGAGCAAGGAGAGAAAGUACGAGUUUCCAAAAGAACGGGUCAUAUAAUACCAGUGCCGAUAUCAGCUUCGGAAACUAUUGACUUUAAAGCAAAGGCUGGAUACCCAGAACAAGAAAAGGACACACGGGCUGCAGACAUGUCUGAACAUACCUACAUCCCGCAAAGCAAAACAUUUGAAAUGGACUUAAUGGAGCAUUACAGACUGGAAUGAAGUCAACUGCUUGUGUCACUGUAGAGAAAUAGUUUGAAUAUAAAGGAAACAAAG